UGGCCCAACGAUGUCCUAUGUGAUGCAAGCUUGGCACAGAGUACUAUACAAGGAGCAGAGACGCUAAACGAAGACACCAAUCGCAGCGACGCAUUCAAGGAUCGUGUUGAGGACAGCGACGAAGACAUGGGGCCGGCAAAGAUCUUAUUAUUUCAGACUGAAUCUGUUUGGAAGAGUGAUCUCAGCAGCAAUGUACGCCUGUGUCCCCACAACGUAUCUGAAGAACAAGCAUGCAGCGGCAACGAACCGAUGUGCUUCCGACGAACAGCUUUCGCCACGCUGCGACUGGCUCACUCGAAAUCUUUCCAUGAGCUCAGUAUGGAAGAUGCUCAUUCAGCAUCAGGACAUGGAAGGUUGGAACAGGGAUAUAUACGCACUUUCUACACUUCUAUAUUCUCAACUUCUCCCCUCAUCUCGACACACUCAUCCAAGAGCCCUACGAAUCCGCAAGGCCUUCAUCAAUUCGACUCCACACUGCAGACUCAACAAGCGGACCAAGCAACCUCAGCAACCCGGCUGCCAAUAACUCACAACAAAACCAUCAAGAUGUGCCAAAAGCACCCAGUCGUGAUGCGUUGCGUCGUGUGCGUGCUCCCGUACGCCGAGCGCUACGAGAUCGUGGGGUGCAGAUGGGCUCCACACUGCGCAGGCGAAGUGGAGGGCGACGAGCUUACGGUCUUCGAGGGGAAGUGCUGGCGCUGCGGUAUCCUCGACUGGAUCCCGGAUCCGGCGGAGGGAGAUGGCGAGGAAGAUGCUGAAAGUGGAGCUGAGGGCCAAGUUGAUCAAGGAGGAAAGGGGAAGCGACGGUCGCAUCGCAUUCGGGAGGGGAUGGAAGGCAAAGACAAGGCUAAGGGAGGGAGGGAGGGUUGAGAAGAAGGGAAGCAAAGGAAAGGAGAAGAAGUGAAAGCCGCUUCGCUGUCUGAUCAUAAACCUUGAGUUCCAGCGUAUAGACCGAGGUGGGUGCCGUGAGAGCAUUCGAAGAACCGUUAUAUUCUGAGAUAGACAAUCAAAGCACAGCCGUCUUUCCGCAUCUUUCUUCCUUGACUCCCGGUAGCUGUCUCAUGUAAAGCAGGGUAAUCAAAGCACGAGGCAGUGUCUAGAUGGUACAUGUAUAUACUUGUUCAACUUUCUAGGCGGUAAGAUAUCAUCGACUUUCCACGUUCCUCUAAGUUCCAUUCAUGCAACGAAG